UUUUAUUUGACAUUUGACUCUUGCAGUAUCAACAAUACUACCUUCUGCACAUGUGCAAGCCGCAGUGGAUUAUUUAAAAAAAUGUCUGAGGUAAGUACUUAAAAGUGGAUCUAAAAUUCUCCCGCCAAGUAAUUCUGUGUUUACUAACAUGUAAAAACAUUCCCAAAAAUUUUCAAUUAAAAAAACUAAAUUCACAGAAACUAAAAUAAUAACCAAGUAUAAGUAUUUUAAUUUUUAAUCAGUGAAAAAAAAAGUUAUUUAAUAUAAAAAACAAAAACAAAGUGACUAAAAAAAAAAAAAUAAAAAGUGCUCUUGAGGUUAUGGUUUAUUCACCACGUUAUCCACAAAAAAAAUAAACAACUAAAAAACAAUGAUAAUAAAACUAGAAAAAAUAAUCAGCUGUUCCUCAGAACAUCCUUCAUACCCAGCAUCAAACCUCCUGCACAAUCCUCCACCAGGCCCAUGGAAGUGUGCGAAGCCCGGCGAGCGGCUGUCAACAGUGAUCUUCGAGCUACCAGAGUCAUCAUGUAUAAUCGGCCUUGACAUCGGCAAUUACCGGUCCUGCGUAGUGAUAGUGGACGCUUCGACUUCCCAGGAGCCGGACAACUGGGUCCCGCUGGUGAAUCACCAGUUUAUGACCCACGAGGAGGCAGCCAAUAGCAAGUUCAAGGACCAGGUCCAGUUGUUUACAAAAAAAGAGCUCAAGGCUGAAGCUAUCAAGACUAAAUUUGACAGAGUGAAAGUCACGUGCUUGCAGUCUGCUAAUUUAAGGGAGCUUUUUGGCCUGAGUUUCAUCACCCUGCGCACGGAAGUCAUCCUAGAUACAGGUAUAGACGUCUUUGGGAGGUUCAAGCUCAAGUCUGAGGACUCUGAAAGCGAUUCGAUGCUAAAUUUCAAGGAACGGUUCAUGAAACUGCUGCCUGACAAGCAGAAGAGCUACAAAGACAGCUUGUUGGAGAAAAUGAAGGAAACUCGGCUGAGUAAUUUUAACAAGCGGCAGGAGAGCGAGGAAAAAAAACCAAGGAAGAGGCCGCUGUUGGAAAAACUUGAGGCUGGUAAGAGCGACGAGGUUUUUGGUAAAAAAAAUAAUUCUGAGCCUAGUUCUGGUAAUUCUGAUAGUAAUAGUAAUAAUAACAGCAGUAUGUUUAGUAAUGUUAAUCAUAAUUAUGACAAUGGAAGGUUGACUGAUGUUGCUAGAACGCCUUUUGGUGAUGUCAUUCCGCCUGAGGUGAAGAAAACUCCUAAGCAAGUAAAUGAUAAGAAGAAAGUUGAUAGAGCUUCUACUUCAAAGGUUGAUGGAGGGAAAGUUAUUAAAGAUAAGGCUAAGGUAAUUAUAAUUAGUAAGGAUAAAUGUGAUGUCUGCUCGAGAAGUCCUGAUGAAUUCUGCAAAGUUUGUAAGAAGUUACCACCUCCGAAACUUGAUAAGUCGCCGCCAAGGAAGAAAGCUAAGGUUAAGGAAGUUAAGACAGUUAAAAAAGAGUUUUAUAAGCUGCUAGAUGAUGUCAGGUUCUCGUUAAGUGGGUAUGUUAAUCCUCAGCGGGAUGAAGUCAGGAGAAAAGCUCUGAAGAUGGGGGCUAAGUAUGUUGCUGAUCCUAAUACCACGGAUAAUAAAUGCACGCACUUGAUUUGUGCUUUUAAAAACACGCCUAAGUAUCAGCAGCUUCAAGGACAUGCUAAAAUUGUUUCACAUGUUUUUAUUGAAGAGUGUUUUGAUCAUAAGAAAAGAUAUCCUUGGAGACGAUACGCAUUAAGUGGUAAAGACAAAAAAGCUGAUGAAAGUGAAGAAGAAAUUGAAGGAUCAACUUCACCAGUAAGACCACCGAAUCCUUAUGAACAGGAAACUGAUUCUGAUACCGAUGAUGAUAAUAAUUAUUAAAAUAAAUACUGAUUUAUUUGGAAGUUAAUUAAAAAUUUUUUUAAUUAGCAAGAAAUUUGAUGUAAUAUAA